AUACUAUUUUUUACAUUUAAUAAAACGUUGACGAAAUGGACGCUACAAAUAAUGGUUGUCCUCCUGAGCAACAAAAUGUCGAUGAAAACGCUCCAUUUCGCCUCGCGCGAAUGCUGAUUGAUGAGGCGUUGAUGAGCAGUGCUGCAGAAGAGGAAAAUUUAUUCGAAAGCGGUUUGGAAGCUGAUCUCCAAAAUCAAGCCACACUGCAACCCCAGCCGAACGCUGCUAGCAGUUGGUCAUCCGCAGUCACGGGAUCACUGGAUACCACGAUGUCAUCAAUUUCAACUAUUCAUGACGCCGAGGCUUCAAGUUUUACAUUCUCAGACAUCGUGGCUAACGACGACGAGUUGGAAAGUGACAACGAUGGCGAGCCUUCCGCUGCACGAACACGGUCAGGAGCAAGGGCUGCAAUAAGUCGAUUCGCUCCAAAUUUGAGUGACCUGUCCUCUUCUGCAUCCUCCUCCUCCACUUCAGACGAGAAUGAACACGGUGCCCAGUGGUGCGUUCCUCCUGGUCGAGGGAACAGUCUUCCACAUCCACAAAUUCGCCAAUCUUUAUGGAAUUGUGUUCAAUUCCUUCCCAUCGACCGUCCACCUUUGAACAACCCACCCCAAGCAACGUGGAGGACCCAACGACAAGAAUAUGCCCAGGGACGUGGUGGUCGACGCAUUAAUCUGCCGCAUCGAUUCUCAUCAACAUUUGUCGAAAAAGCACCUCCAGUUGCUCAGAGUGCUCUUCUGCAAAAUAUAUUUCCAGACAAACCGCUUUCUAUCCAAAUCGGUAAUCGAAGUUUCCAACCUACAGCAAAAUUUGAAACAGUUGAUGAAGCCAUGCCAGCGAACCCACUCGCUACAGGAUUUUCACGCUGUCACGAGAAAGCACUUGCAGCAAAGUUUGUGCAGAAUGCGAUUCAUAGACGGAGAAGUCCAGAGUCUGACGGAUUUCCUGGUGCAAUGGACAUUUUCAAUCGUUUCUGGAAUGAAACCAGCACAAUGCAUGAAGAAAUUGAAAGCGAUGUUGAUGCUGAACAAGAAAAUAAUAUUGACGACAAUCGCAACCCCAUAACACGACAUUUAAAUCUAACGUUGCAUGGCCAGCGGACGGCGUACGAAUAUCGCCUUUGGGACUCACUUACGUCGAUAACGCGUCACUCACGGUAUCCUCAACUUUUGUCUCAACAAUUUCCGUUUGAUACUAAUUCUGCUGCUGGUGGUGCUGAGAUGAGGAGUCAGUCCUCGCUGAACGUCCGUUUGAGUACGGAUCAACCCUUCCCGUUCGACCACACAUCUUCUGAUGACGAAGAUGAAGAGCCAGUUCCGGAACUUAUAAGAGGAACAAACUCGUUCUCCUCUGAAGCACAACAUGUGGACGACGACAGCGAAGAUUUUAUGGGCGAAGCCUUCAGUCAGGAAGCAGUGUCCGCCAUGUUUCUCAUGGAAAGACCUCCAGUGCCACCCGUACCACUGGAUGAUAUGGAGGCUGCUCUAUUUCCUCAUUCUCUCUUUGAGAAUAUCACUCAACGUCAUCAUUCCCGACCUGGAAAUAGACACACCCAGAUAAGUAGAAUGAGUAAUGUGAAUACCAGCCUCACUGGACUCAGCGACACGAGUGAUGACGAAGAGUCCGUCUUUGCCCUGGUUCCCACGGAAGUGAAUCAGACAUCCCUCUUGUUCCAUGAAGACGACACGAAUUACGAUCGAAGAGAUGACCAAUUCAGUUCCGGGAUUUAUGAAAGUGCUGAUUUUGCUAUUCUUGAAGAUCCUCCGAUGCCUAUUGAGGACGAGGGCUUGGUGAUGGACCUCACCUGCGCUUUCCAAAGAGUCCAACCUCUUCCGUCAUCCUCAUUCGGCGACGAUGGAGAAGAACAAGGAUCGUCCAUCCCCACACCACCCACCGAUGGAGCUGAUCAAGUUCCUGUGUCUCAUGCACAUCAGCAUCAAUAGUCUAAACUAGAUAUUCGUGUUAAAAUAACCCGGAUCGAUAUUAACUACUUUGGUACUGGUUGGUUUCUCAUUAAAAUUGAGUUUCAGAGCGUAUCAGAUUUCCCAUUUGUAAUUUACCUCAGUGGGCAUUAAAUUAUAAGAUAAUGAUAAGAGGCACACAUUUCAGUAUUUCUACUUAAUUAAAGUACUUAAUUGUUC